AUGUCCCAACACUACAAGAACUUUCUCAGUCUGCUGGAGCGGUGGCCGCUGGAUAAGAGCAAAGUAGGCCGUGACUUGGGGCAGUAUUUGCGGGACCAGCUGAAGGCGGUACUCGGAUCGUCGAACAUUAUCGCCGUUAAGGACGAACGGUUGAACGGGCAGUUCCGGGCGCUGGAGAACAUCGUGAACGACGUGCACGCCAAGAAGUAUCCGCGUACGCUCAGCUCCACCGCCACCGGACUCUCGGGUGAGCAGUGCCGGGAAGUGCUGUCCACCGAGUUCCUACAGUUAUUGCAGAACAAGCAGAGCAGCAAAAAGGAGGAAUAA